AUGGGAAAUAAGGCUACAAAAACACUCGGAGAAGAACCAAAUGCUGAUCUAGAUUUUCUUGCUUCAAAUUCCUAUCGGGAAGAUUUGUUUGAGAUCUUUCCGGUUGUGAUUGAAAAAUUGGAGAGUGGAGUGGGAGAGUUGGAACAAUUUGAAAAAUUGUUGGAGGAUAUUGGUGUUCAUUACAAGACGUUGAUCAAGAAAUUUACAACACUCCGUAAGAAAGAAGCAUCAUCGUCCGACACACGAAAACCAACUGAAGUUUUGGAUAAAUUAUAUACAGGUCUUGAAACGAUGGCACAAAACUAUGUCAAUACCUGUAAUGAAUUGGAAACGCUUGCCAAAGAUGUCGACGAAGUGAAAAAGGAAUUAGAAAAAUAUAUUUCCAUGGCAAAGAAAGAAGAGAAACAAUUGAGCUCACGACUCGUCUCGGCUCGUAAAGACGAAGACAAAAUUCGUGAUAAAUAUUUUGACGAGAAGCAAUACAUUCAGGAAACUAGAGCAAGUACUCUUGUGACUGAGGUGACAGAAAAGAAAGUUCAAGAUCUCCUCAAGAAAAUUGCGCAGAGUGAAGAAACUGUAUCCAAGUUGGAAAAAGAUGCUGAUGUUGCCAAACGAAAAGUUAAGGAAGUGAGCAGUGAGUACGACACCAAAUUGAAGAAUAUUCUCUCUCAUUUAGAAUUUAUUGAUCGAAAACGAUUUAGAUACAUGAAAGAAAUGAUUUCUCGUUUCAACACAAUCCAAGUCAACACAGCCAAAAUGGUAAUUGAACAAUCUGGAAUUAUUGAUAACAAGGUUUCGCAAUUGAACGAAGAAUCAGAGUUCUCGGAAUUUAUCAAAUCUACCAAAGCUGCAAACCUCAAUGAAAACAAGAGUAGCAUUUCGCAAGAGUCAGAAUAUAAGAGAAUGCAGCGAUUGGCCGCUCAGAGUUAUGAAUAUUUGAAAUUUAUUUCAGAAGGAGUUCGAAAGAACAUUGAAUUGACAAAUCGAUUUUCUGAUCAACAAUUUCCACCUCUCAAUGCUUCUAUUGAUCCAACAAUUGAACAUCAAAUUGUAUUAUGGGCAAGAGCUCCAGAUAUUUUAGGAAAUAACUUCAAAGUAUUCAGUCCAGAGACAAUUUUAAGCAAUGACAUUCAUUCCACUAAUAUGAUUAACGAUGCAUGGCUGUGUUCUGCGUUGUGUGUGUUGGGAGCCAAACCUGCUCUCAUUGAAAGACUGUUCGCCGUCAAACAAGUGAAUGAAGCAGGUAUCUAUGAAAUGAAUUUAUGUAUUGCUGGAGAGUGGUGUAAAAUUGUCAUUGACGAUUACUUCCCAUUAGGAAAAGAUGGCAAGCCACUUUAUGCGUCAAGCAAAAUGGGUGACAUGUGGAUGAUGGCUAUUGAGAAGGCCGUUGCCAAAGUUUUUGGAUAUUACAACAAAUUAUCUUCAGGAUUUACUAUUAGUGACGCAUUUGAAUUGCUUUCAGGAUGUCCAACAUUCUCGAUCAAUGUCAAGCAUGAACCUUCUGAAAAUCUGUGGAGAAGAGUUACUCAAUUUGGAGAGUUAAGAUAUAUCACUGCUUGUACCACUUCUGACUUUACUGCACUAGCUCAACAAAAAAUCGAUCCUCAAGGUUUAUCACCUCAUCAGACCUACGUCUUACUUGGAUGUGUGGAUAUUAGUGGUAAAAAAGUUCUCAAACUGAAAGCAUUGAGAGGAAAAUCAGAAUGGAAGGGCGCUUGGUCUGUCACCGAUAAGGUCAAUUGGACACCAGAAUUUCGAAAUGCUCUGAGUGUGGAAUCUGCAGCGAACGAGGGAUGUUUUUUCAUAUCAUUGACAGAUUUUAUGAAAUACUUCUCAACCAUUUCAGCAUGCAAAUACGAUCCUCUCUUUUCAAGAUAUUUUAUUCGAUCACCUACUAAUGACGCAUCUGUUUUUGAUUUGAUUAUUGAUAACGAUCAAAAGGAAAUGUAUAUUGGACUUCACCAACUUCAUGAGAAUAUUAGAGGUUUCUCAGGAAAAUCACCAAUUGGAUUUAUCAUUACCAAUAAGAAACAAAAAGUAAUUUAUGCCAUACCCAUCAAUACUCAUCACUAUAAUUUCACAGAACCACUUUCAUUACGAGCAGGUGAAUAUCAAAUUAUUCCAGUCAUACCCACUGAUAUUGCUGGAUUGAAUCGAGCUGCCUAUUAUGUCGUGACUGUUCAUGCAAGAGGAAAUAUCAAGUUAAAACUUGCGGAUACUACUAAAACAAAAUUACCAUUAUCUGCCAUGAAAGUACUUGUGGAUUCGUAUCGAAUGAAAAUGCAACAACAACAUCAAGCAGUGUUGCAGCAACAACAGCAAAAACAACAAGCAGCAGUGGUGGGAACUUUGACUUCUCAACAGUUACCUCCUGAUCAAGUCUUGUUACCUUUCCAGAGACAGCAAUCUUCUCAAUUUAAACCAUUACAAGAGGCAGCUGAUGACGAAGUGGAUAUUCAAUAUGUCGUACAGUCUCAAGAAAAGACCAAUUCACCACCUGAUAUGGCAGCUGUUCCAAGCAGUAGUAGUACUUCUACAACUACUGCGUCAGUUGAUGAGAAUUCAACGAGUAAGCAAGUUGUAGCAACAAGUGAAAAUAGUUCUACCAAUACUCCAAUUUCACAACAAGAGGCAACUACUACUAGUGUUGAAUCAGCUCAAAAUGAAACUUCCAUACCACCAGCACAAGAACCAUCAAACACACCCAAUGAAACGCUUCAUUCAGAGGGAACUGUAGUUCAUGACAACAACAGCACACCCACCGAUCAGCAGUCGACUUGUGCUGUUCCUGCUGAAACAACUGAUCACGACACUGAACAACACGAAUAA